CCUUGGGGCGCCGGGAGGUUCACCGGCGGGAGCGGGAGGAGGUAGCGUGGCCGCACCGGUACGUUUAUCGCGGACCGCCCCUGCUUCGUUCUCCCCGGCGCGUCGUUGGUGAGGGGCUCCCGCCCCUGGGACCGGCCGCCGAGGGUCGCCUCUGCUCGGAGAGGGGGGCUGCGACUCGUCUCGGGCGCCCAGGGCGCCGGAGCGUUCCCAGAAGUUGAGGGGAAUGCUGAGCCCCCCGCUGCGGCACCGUGCGAGGCAGCGCUCCGCAAGACCGACCAACUUUUCUGCUGACUCCUCACACCCCCCAUACCCCCCCUCAUCGUCAUGCAACGGGAAUCGGGCAUUCAGGGCACGUCUCCAAAAUAAAAAAAUUGGCUAGUAUUGCCUGUGCGUUUUCAAGCAGUAGAGUGAAUGAUUGGGGCAGACUGCAAGUCUACUUGGCAUGCUGAUAACACUUCGGUUCACUGCAGUCAAUAAACAAGAUCGUGUAAUUUCACCAAUUUAAAAAAAAGGAAGAUCUUGCUUUGACACACUCCUUUUCCUAAUCUCCCCUGUCCUAAGAGGGGGAAGAAAGUCCACCUCCAAUCCUGCUAGAAGAUUGAGAGCCAUCAAGUUGCUGUCUCGUGAGCCCUGUUUCUGUUUAACUUCCCCCAAAUCCAGGUGACUUCCAUGGGACUGCUCAGUGCUUCAGGCAGAUGCUGUCGAUGUCCUGUUACAUGAACAACACAGCUUUUGUCUGGGGGAAAACAGAAAAGGUCAGUGUCUCAGGGAACGUUACUGAAGAACACGCAGGCACGCUGAAAACUUCAGGAAAGUGAGCCAUGUGUCCUUCUGAAAACUGAAAAGUAGCCCUCUGAUAGGGUCAUGAACCUAAGACAAGUCUUUGUGUCUGUACUGAUGUUUGGAGUAGCUGGUCUACUCCUCUUCAUGUAUCUGCAAGCUUGGAUUGAAGAACAACAUACAGAGUCUGGAGAAAAAUUGCAACAACAGAUAAUUAAUCAGGAUUUCAUGCUCCCACCUCCAGGGACGCCGAGGAGAGCAGCGUGGAGCAGGAGCACUCCUCCUGGCCUCAGGAAGCACAAGAUGGCCAUGUCAGGUGGGAGGCACUGGUGGGACAAAGCUGACCCUUUCGGUGUGGUGGCUGCCUCCUUGGUGAGCCAGCUGUCUGACCAGCAGAAGAUGAGUGAGUCCCCUCUCAGCCGGUUCAGAGGGGUAUAUUUACCUCCUGCACUGCACCCUUUAAACAAGACGUUCGUCAAGGGUGGCAAGUGGAAGAAUGCGGAUAGCGCCCAGGAAAAGCGCAGGUCCUUCCUGCGUGACUUCUGUAAGAAAUACAACAGCAGAAAGAAGCUGCAAACCCACCUCGUGCACCUGGUGUCAAGAAUUUAUGUGGAGGACAGGCACAAGGUCCUGUACUGCGAAGUGCCGAAAGCAGGCUGCUCCAAUUGGAAAAGGGUCCUCAUGGUGCUCAAUGGACUCGCUGCUUCAGCACACAACAUUUCCCAUGAUGAUGUGCACUAUGGAAAGCAUCUAAGGAAACUGGACAGUUAUGACCUAAAAGGGAUAUACACACGCUUGAACACAUACACCAAGACUAUAUUUGUACGUGAUCCUAUGGAAAGACUGGUAUCUGCCUUCAGGGAUAAGUUUGAACAUCCAAACAGCUAUUACCAUCCAGUAUUUGGGAAGGCAAUAAUUAAGAAGUAUAGACAAAACGCAAAUGAAGAGGCAUUGAAAACAGGAUCAGGAGUUAAGUUCAAGGAGUUCAUCCAAUAUUUGUUAGAUUCCCAUCGCCCAGUAGGAAUGGACAUUCAUUGGGAACAAGUCAGUAAGCUCUGCUAUCCCUGCCUCAUCAACUAUGAUUUUAUAGGAAAGUUUGAAACCCUGGAAGAAGACGCCAAUUACUUUUUGCAGCUGGUAGGUGCUCCAGCUGAGCUGAAGUUUCCUAAAUUCAAAGACAGACAUUCCUCUGAUGAGAGAACAAGUGCAGAAGUAGUGAGGCAAUACUUAAAGGAAUUGUCUAAGGAGGAGAGACAGCUGACCUAUGACUUCUAUUACUUGGAUUACUUAAUGUUCAAUUAUACAUCACCAAUUGUAUAGCACCAGAAUAGCUUCAGGCUUCUGUUAGAUAUUUAUCAUUUUGGGAUUCAAAACAACUACUUUGAUAUUAGCCCUGAAAGGAAACAAAGUUACUGCUAAGUGGAGUUGUCUUGACUUAGUGGGGAUUUUAUAAGCUAGAGUGACAUCAACUGACAUUAAAUUAUAGGAGAAUGUGCAAAAAAAGACCUGUAAACAGCAUAAAUUGCACUAAAAUGCCAGAAAGAGCUGCUUUUACCAUUAUGGAUUAUACUGUGGAAGUGGUAGCGCAGCCAGCUGUUGCAUUAGCUUACCUAAUGUUCUUUUAAAGGUUUAAGAAAAAAGCAUUCAGAGUAGCGUGAUUCUCUUUUGGUGUGUCUGCUUUAGAAAUUGUUUUUGAAACUAUUUUUGAAUGUAUUUUUUAUUUUCUGUCACUUAUUAAUAAAGAAACAUUGGCUAAUUUUCUAAAA